CUCCCUUUCUCAGAAUCUAAAAACCUUUCCUCCACACUCUCCUCUCAAUCUCAAUCUCAUCAAACCCUUUCUUCUUCUUCCUCUUCAAAAUUCUCCCUUUAAAAUAACCCAAAAAUUUAUAAGAAAAAAAACCCUGAAAAAAACCUUAGAAAAUGUCUCUCACCAUACCCACCAAUCUCUCCAAACCCCUCUUGAAACCGAAGCUAAAUUCUCAAAAAUGUUCAAGACCCAUGAUCACAUGCUCCGCCGCUCCAACCCCAGAUCAGAAACCUUCUCCUCCGCCGCUGCAGGCCUUCUCCGCAGCGUUGGCGCUCUCCUCUAUCCUCCUCUCCGCCCCGCUCCCGGCCGCAGCUGACAUCUCCGGGCUAACCCCGUGCAAGGAGUCGAAACAGUUCGCGAAACGAGAGAAGCAACAGAUAAAGAAGCUCGAAUCUUCGUUGAAACUCUACGCGCCAGACAGCGCGCCGGCUCUGGCCAUUAAAGCGACGGUGGAGAAAACGAAACGUAGAUUCGAUAACUACGGGAAACAGGGGUUGCUUUGCGGGUCGGAUGGGUUGCCCCAUUUGAUCGUGAGCGGCGAUCAGAGGCACUGGGGAGAGUUCAUUACGCCGGGGAUUUUGUUCUUGUACAUUGCCGGGUGGAUUGGGUGGGUUGGAAGGAGCUACUUGAUCGCCAUUAGCGACGAAAAGAAGCCAGCGAUGAAGGAGAUUAUUAUUGAUGUACCGUUGGCUUCACGGCUGCUGUUCAGAGGUUUCAGUUGGCCGGUUGCUGCUUACAGAGAGUUUGUUAAUGGUGAUCUUGUUGUCAAGGAUGUGUAAUCUAAUCGCCUCAUCAGAGAGAUGGAAUGGAAAAUAGAAAAUGCUUGAUAUGGUGGAGGACGAAAGAUGGGAUGAGAGGGGAGGAAUGAUUAAUUAGUGCAAAAUUUUCUGUAUUUAAUUUGUAAAACUUGGUUGUAUGCAAUGCUGGUCUUCAAUUAAUACUCAAAAAUCAUCCUCUUUUCCAUUCAA